AUGUCCAACAACGAUAUCAGCCCUUCUUGCGCUCCGCGUCAUAAUCGUACUACCAAGAAAGCGAAGGGGUGCCGACGUGCAACGGGUCAACAGGAAUCCACGCUCUCACUUCGACAAACCCAUCCCUUACCGGACAAACCCAAGGACGCGUAUAUCCCAACUCUGCAAGAAGUCUAUAUACGACUGACGUUGCGGCUUGGCUCUGGUCCUGACGCAGUUGGCAUACAAGAUGAAACUCCUCAGCUUCAGGAUCACGAUGACGACGCGCCAUUCACACUCUGUGAUACCGACACCGCGAUUCCUCAGGUAGAGGAUCACAACGAGGCAGCGCCAUUCACGCUCUGCAAAACCAACGCUCAAAUCGAGCGCGCUGUCGCUGAGCUCUCACAACACGAGUACGUCUGCUUGGAUUGCGAAGGCCGCGACUUCGGCCGCACUGACGGGGAGUUAUCGUUGCUGUGCUUGGGGACGCCUCUAAGCUCCGGCAGUCAGCUUGUUUUCAUCUUUGACGUGCCGGCGCUCAUCGAAAACGAGUACGCGAUCGGUGCGCUGCGAUGGAUCUUGUCGACGCAAUCCAUCACGAAGGUCACCUUCGAUGGACGUUCCGAUUACUUGGAGAUCUGGGACACGUUUGGCGUCCAGACUUCGCCUAUACUUGACUUGCAGUUGGCCGAGGCUCUUUCACUUCCUUGUGGCGCUGCGCAACAGCGCCUACCACACUGCUACAGAGAGAUCUACGUAAACUGGAGGAAGGAUCGGUUUUCCGGUAUACGCCGUGUCAUUGGUAUGGAUCAAGCAAUGCGCCUAUAUGUGCCGUACGUCACUUUGCGCAAGGAUGAAGCCGUCAAGAAGAUGCACCAACAGAAUGAAUCAUUCCGCUGGAUGGAACGGCCUCUUCCGCCUCACAUGCUUCAGUACGCUGCGAACGACAUCUACGCCAUCUCAUACCUACUCGACGCCUUCCAAUUGCGUCGCAUCAUUCCCGAUAAAAGCGGUCUGAAGCUCUCAAAGCUCCUAAUGAGAUCCUUACGAUAUGCUGAUAAGUUCUUCGUGAGGUCCAACAUGUAUUGUAUUGUAUUCUUGAUGAUGAUCCCCAACCCUCUGUUUCCAUGUAGCGCUUGUACCACGAUGUAG